AUGGCUCCUUCGGUCCACUCGGGUGAAGGCCGAAGCCGCUGCCUCCGCCGCGGGUCGGGGCGGCUGCUGAAAGCAAGGCCGAGGCGGCGGAUGCGCCUCGCCGGGGCAGAUACCUACGACUUCCUCGGCCCGGAGGAGGGCUCUAGCCUGCUGUCACGGGACUCGGGCAGGGGCCAGGCAAGGGGGUGGUGGGAGGCAACUGGCGAAGCUGCACCUCCGACACCGCCGCCGUUUCCACAGCAGCAGCUCGGCGUUAGGCAGGCCAAGGCCGCAAUCCUAUAUCCACUUACCUAA